AUGGCUUGCCUGAUCGGUUACUGGAGUGAAGAUGAUAAGUUUGUCCCUGCAGCCACCGAUGCUCAAGCCGGAGGGGAUAAUUCAAGUGUUCAGAAUAGAACGUAUAUCGUCACUACAAUCCUAGAAGAUCCUUAUGUGAUGCUCAAGAAGAAUGCCAACCAGUUUGAGGGUAAUGAUCGCUAUGAGGGCUACUGUGUGGAGCUGGCGGCAGAGAUUGCCAAGCAUGUGGGCUAUUCCUACCGUCUUGAGAUCGUCAGUGAUGGAAAAUAUGGAGCUCGUGACCCUGACACAAAGGCUUGGAAUGGCAUGGUGGGAGAGCUGGUCUAUGGAAGAGCAGAUGUGGCUGUGGCCCCUUUAACUAUCACCUUGGUCCGGGAAGAGGUAAUAGACUUUUCCAAGCCAUUUAUGAGUUUGGGGAUCUCCAUCAUGAUAAAAAAGCCACAGAAGUCCAAGCCGGGGGUCUUCUCCUUCCUCGACCCUUUGGCUUAUGAGAUCUGGAUGUGCAUCGUCUUUGCCUACAUUGGAGUGAGUGUCGUCCUCUUCCUGGUCAGCCGCUUCAGCCCCUAUGAAUGGCACAGUGAAGAGUUUGAGGAAGGGCGGGACCAGACAACCAGUGACCAGUCCAAUGAAUUUGGGAUAUUCAACAGCUUAUGGUUCUCCCUGGGAGCCUUCAUGCAGCAAGGAUGUGACAUUUCUCCCAGGUGA